AGAGAGAGAGAGAGAGAGAGGAGAAGCCCAGUCCAAAAAGGUCUCAGAGCGGAAAAGGGGGAAGCCGACCAGCCCAGGCGAUGCUGCGCGGCAGCGCCGGACCGCGAGGAGGAGGAGGAGGCGCUGCGGCGGCGGCGGCGAGGCCCCCUCGCUGCCCUCACCCCCGCCCCGCGUCGCGCCGAGCGCGAGGGGCGGCCGCCUCUCCGGAGCCGAAGGGCGACGCCGUGUCGGUGCUGGAGGAUCCGGUGGUGUCUUCCGUCGAGGAAUCCUCUUUCACAUUUGAGUUCAAGAGAGGGUCCAAGAGGGCGAGGAAGGCGAUGCCGCCGGCAGAGGCGCAUAGAGGGAAAGAGAACUGGCAUGGAGAGGGAGUCACUAGCAAACAGAACAUGGCUGCUGCAAAGCCACACUUGACGAAAGAGGGGCCAGAAGAGGUGGAGUUCACGCACUGCGCGCCCAGCAUCGUUGCGAGGCUGAUGGGUCUCGACACCGUGCCGAGGUCCAAGAAGGUUCUUGACCGGUGCCAGAGUGACAUCCAGAGCAAUCCGCGGCUGAAGUUAUCCGGACGUGCUGAGGAAGUGGCCCAGGUUUCAUGCGAGGAUCGGCCAUGCCGGAGCAGUGGCGAUGAGCUGCCAGAACUGAAGGAUGUUUUCGAGGUGACCGAGAUGGAGAACAUGGCGAUGCGCAAGGCGUUGCAGUCAGGCAAGGAGAUGCCACGCCCAAGAAGCAACGAUGCCGAUCUGGAGUUCGUGAGGCAGAAGUUCUUGGAUGCAAAGCGCCUUUCCACAGACGAAGGCCACCGGAAUUCCAAGGAGUUUGGUGAAGCACUUGAGAUACUGUACUCCAAAAAGGAUGUUUUCCUUGAAAUCCUUCAGGAGAGCAGUAUUGCAUUGUCAGGAUUCCCAGGGCACGUCCUUGGUUACAGUGGUUUGCAGUGCUCCCCCCAUGGAAGCAGUGGUGCUGGUGCGCAAUCCUUUGGGCAAGACAACUUUUGCAGAACGGAAGUUGAUAGUGAAUCUGAGGAUCCUCGUCCUAGUAUGCAUCUCGAAGAAACUUCAGAUGUGUCACUGGAGCAUUCGGCACCAAAAGGGAGCAGGCGUUCACGUAGGCCCUCGCAAAUUGUUGUUCUGAAACCAGACCCUCAGAGGAGAAGUUCUACACCGGUUAUAGCAAGCCAAGAAACAUCGCAGUUUGGUCAGUGGACUGGUGCACGAUGGUUGAAGCCCCCACGCCAUAGUCCGCAUAAGCAAGAUGGCAUACAUUCUAUGGCACAUGGCAGUGUGCAAGUUACAGAACCAGAAGGAGAUACACCUGAACAGAAGCUUAGAAUACAAACAUCUAUAAGGGGUAGCUGGAAGAAACCAUCUGAGAAUGAACGCUACCUUGGAGUUGGCUGUCAAAGGGAAAAGGCUGCUUCCACUUCUCAUGAUGAGACUUCGUCAAUUUCUUCAUCCACGCAUUCUGCUGGAUCAUCGGUGAGCAGAAAGGCCAGAAAGCACCUCUCUGAAAGAUGGCAAAUGGCCUGCCAAUCCAGAGCUGAAAAUCCAGUUCCUACUGAUACAAGAACAUUAGGUGAGAUGCUUGAACUCACUACUAGAGAUGCAACGAAGGUAACCACCCACAAGCGUUUGUCAGAUUCAAACACCAAUUCCAGUAAUGCGCAAGAGAUGCCGGCCAGCCCUCUUGGUAUUAGCAGCAAAGAUGGUUGGAAGACAGGGAUUUACCGUGGAGAUAAUUCAAGAAGUGUCAUAUCAAGGAAUUUUCCCAGGUCCAAGUCUCUCCCAACCUCAUCUACCACUGUUGCAAAAUUACCGGGGAGGAGGCGCUCUGCACCUAACUUGCCCAUUCUGAAGGAUAUAUUGAAUACACCCACUGAUGAUACUGGAAAUGGACUUCUCAGGAAGAGGUUACCAAUCAGAAAAGCCAAGCAGAAUGGGCGAGUUAUUGUUCAUGUAGGAAAGGAAAAUAUGCUACCUGAGAAAGAGAUUUAUGUAACUUCAGAGAGAACAAGACACAGUAUCUGCACUUCCGAUCUACCCAGGACAAGCAACAUAUAUAAUGAGCAUCCAGGUGACGUUAUCAGUACUGAGGAUCACACAGCUAUUGAUUUGGCUAUUCCACAUGAUGAUGUGCGAAAUUUGGAAGGUCAGGCAGGAUGGACAGAACAAAAGCUAGCAACACCGUUACCAGAGCCAGAAGAAGACAUAGUAAUUCAUAAUCAAGAUAACAUAACACUGAAGGAGGUGAAAAGCCAAUUAAUGGAGAGUGACAUUGCUGAAAUUGAUCACCAAGCAGUAAAGUCUGCUUAUUCUGUAAGCGCUGAGAGUUGCGAAUGCUCAAGUCCAACUGCUUCAUCGCAACAAAGUUCUGGAGAAGAGGCUACUUAUUCUGGAAUCUUCAAAAGUGUCAAUGAUGGUAUUCAAGGACUCAGAGCUCAACUUAAGAUGCUGAAGAUGGGCGAUCAAGUUGAUACACGCAGAGAUGAUUCGGAUGCAUACUCGAGCGAUGAGUGCGACGAUACAGACAUUUCAGAUUACCAGGUAAAGGAGGAGCAGCUACCCAUCUUUAAGGAUGAGGAAGACAGGGACUGCACUUAUGUCCAGGAGAUGCUUGGCACUGCGUGUGGCUUUCCAGUCUACCCAGACCAGUGGCAGUUCAGCUCAGAUGUGUUCGUAUGGCUGGAAAACAAGUACAGCAAGCUGCUCCUGUGGUCGAAAUCAGACAGGAAGCUUCUUUUCGACCUCGUUAACUCAAUCUUGGCUGACAUGACGGCUCCAGGUAGCAGCCUGUGUUCAAAAAUCAUGAUGAACUCCUGGCCUCAAAUGGAUUGGAGAAAGUUAGCUGAAAAUGUCUGGCAAACAGUAGUAUUCAUGCGAAGGAGCCAUCAGCCAUUUGAUCUGGACAGUGUCGAGCCUUUGCCCCUGGACCAUCACCCUGAACUUGAAAUGUUCGGAGCAGACAUUGCUGAAAUGAUACGUGACGAUGUUCUGGAAGAGCUUGUGGCCGAACUCGCGUCGCAUAUCAACUGACACCCUAAGGCUGUGACCUGUAGUGGUUGAGAUAUUUGACCAGGUAAUGUACAUAGCCUGCUGCAAAUUACUUAUUUGCGAGUCGGGUUACUACGAUGUAGGAUUUGGGGGAGAUGGCUUCAUGUAGAACAUAUGGACUCUAUGUAUGCUGGUGGAAUACUUCCCCUGCUGUUGCAUUAACUCCUUUAUUCAUGCCUCCAUUACAAAAUUUCUCAUAGUUAUUCCUUCAGUUUGGAUUUAAAUCUGAGAUCAGAUGCCACCUUUCCCCAUUCACAGCCUUGCAGUAAUGAUACAGUUGAGCACAUUAUCCUAGAGGAAAACACAAACAUUCUGAUUU